GACUGGAUAAUUUUCUCCACGUGUAAGCCGGCUUUCCAUUUUCUCUUUCUCGUUUCCUUUUCGUCGACUUCCGAAUAACCAAACAUCAUCAUCUUCAUCUCCACGAUAAUCAUCUUCUUCCUCACAGGAGACAGCUCAUUUCAUCAGUCAAUCGUAUGACUCCCACGCUCAUCUCUAAACAACUCCAACACUUCUCUCUCUCUCUCUCUCUACUAUCUCUCUCUGAAUGGGUAGCACCGAAGACCAACCCCCUAACCCCUACACCCUCCCGGACCCCUCCUCAACCCAACCCCUCCUCUCCAAACCCUACCCACCAUCCCUAACCCACGAACCCGUCGCCCUCCUCUCCGAUCCAGACCCAGACCAAUCCAAUUACCUCCAGAUCUCCUACCACUCCGGCCCGAGGCCCAUCAAAGACCUCCCCUUCCUAAUCCUCUUCGCCCUCUUCCUCCUCUCCACCUUCGCCUUCGGCAUCUUCGCCUCCGUCAACCGAAACCCUGACUCCUCCUACGCCUCCUCCUACGUCUACGACUCCAAUUCCACCUCUUGCGUCAUAGACUCCUCUCUCUCCACAAAUCACCUAUCUUUGAACUCCUCUCUGUCAACCAGUUUGAUCUGGACGCUCGUGAUCACGUUAAUUAUCAGCGUGCCCUUUGUACUAUCCGUUCUUUUGUUACUCAAGCAUUUCACCAAACAGGUUGUGUACAUCUCGCUUCCCUUUUUCAUCAUCGUACCGAUACUAAUAAACGUGUACUGGUUCGUUGCCUGUACUGUUGACUCUUCUUGUAGCGAUUUGUUUCCGUUGGUGUAUAGAAUUUUGGUUCUGGUGUUUGUGUUUUUGGUAAUUGGGGUGGUUGUGUGGAUAGUUGUGGUGAAUUGGCACCGGAUAGAAUUGACUGUUAACAUUAUUGGGGUUGCGUCUCAUGCCUUGUGGCGGAACUUGGGUUUGUUUGGGGUUCUUCCAGCUUUGACUUUGGGGUUGGUUGUUUAUUACGUUCCCAUUGUUGUGUUUUUGGUGUUUGCGAACGAGAAUGGGGAGAUUGUGGUUCGGUAUAAGAGCGAAGAGUAUUAUUGUGCUUGGAAGCAAGAUAGUUGGGUUCCCGCAUACUAUGCGCUGGGAAUUCUUACGAUGUUGUGGUCUGCCGCAGCAAUGGUGGAAGCGCAGGUUUAUGUGACUAGUGGGACUAUUGCACAGUGGUACUUUUCCAAGGAUGAUUCGGGUCCAAGGCGGAGUAUACGGAAUUCUCUAAGAAAUGCCUUCGGCCCCUCCUCUGGAACAGUAUGUUUAUCUGGAUUACUUAUUUGUGUUGUUCGUUUGGUGCGUGCUAUGGUUGAUAGUGCAAGACAAGAAGGUGCAUCAGGGAUGGUGAACCUCGUACUGCAGUGCUGUGUUAAUGCCCUUUUGGCAGCUUUCGAUUUCCUCAAUAAGUUCACCAUCAACUUUGCGGCUAUAACUGGUGAAGCGUAUUGCACUUCUGCAAGGAUGGCAUACGAACUUCUGAAGAGGAAUCUUCUCUCAGCUGUUUUCGUGGAGACUAUCUCCACUCGGUUACUUGCUGGAAUUGCUUUUGUAUUCUCUGCAAUUUAUGCAGUUGUGGUUUGUGCAAUACUAAACUCCGUCAGUGAUCUAGGGGCAGACUCGUACUUUGUGGCUGCAAUGGCAUGGGUGCUGCUGCUUGUGGUGCUUGGAUACUUUGUGCAUGUUCUGGACAAUGUUAUUGAUACUGUGUAUGUGUGCUAUGCCAUAGACAGGGACAGGGGGGAGGUGAGUAAACAGGAAGUUCAUGAAGUUUACGUUCAUCUCCCCAUCAGUAGGACCCAUAGACAGUCUCUUAUUCCCAGAACUCCACUCAGUGCAUAACCAUCCCUUAAAUUUAAUUUGUCUUGUGUUCUGCUUGUAAUUUUGUAUUCUUUGUUGCCUUGUACAAUAGAGGGAUUUUUUUGCAAUAAAAUGAGGAAAAUUUAGACUGAAA